GCAAAAUGAAGAAUAUUUAGGGGGGCAAACGCUAAUGGAGGCAAACCCAUCGCUCGCUCGCAGCAACUCACUCAGUUCGACAGCCGAGGCUCGCCGCCGGAAGCCAUGACUUCCCGCGUGACGAAGCUCGACUACUACGCCGACAUGUGGAGGCUCGUCUCCCAGUCCACGGUCGUCUCCUUCCUCGAGGUGAGUCGCUUCCCGUUCCUCCGGCCUCUGAGAAAUCCAAGAAAGCCCGCGGAUGAUGAUGGUCGGAGUGCUUUGGUGCUGGACUCUACGAUCUUCCAUCCCCAAGGCGGCGGGCAGCCGGCGGAUAUGGGCUUCAUCACCGUCGAAGGUGAUGAUCGGGAGGUGAAGUUUGCCGUGGAAGAUGUCCGGUUGAAAGAUGGACUUGUUUACCAUUAUGGUCACGUUGAGGAUUUGGCUGAGGGCGGUGUGGUGGAAUUUGAGGAAGGAAAGGAGGUUCACUUGCGCGUGGACGAACCUAGGCGCAAGCUCAACUCCAGGUUGCAUUCAGCUGGGCAUUUACUGGACGUAUGUAUGAAGAGGGUGGGACUUGGUUUGGAGCCAGGCAAGGGUUACCAUUUCCCUGAUGGACCAUUUGUUGAAUAUAAAGGCGUUAUUCCACCAAGUGAAAUAUCUAACAAGCAGAAGGAAUUGGAGACGGAAGCUAAUGCAUUGAUAUCUAAAGGAGAGGAAGUUUCUGCUGCGAUAUUACCUUAUGAUGAAGCUUUAGAGCAAUGUGGCGGUUCCCUUCCUGAUUAUAUUCCCAAGGAAAGCACUCCUCGCAUUGUGAAAUUGGGAAGUAAUCCUGGUUGUCCAUGUGGUGGUACCCAUGUUCAUAAUCUAUCAGAGAUAAUUAGCAUGAAGGCAAGUAUUCAGCUGCACAUUUUCUGAAUAAUAACUAUGGGAUUGUUAAUAUCUGAUCUAAUUUACUCUAUUACUUUACAACUGAAAACAAGAGUACGAUGAGAAUAUACCCCCUCAAGGUCUUGUAUGACACUAGAAAAACUAUUAGAAUCAAGUCCAAUUUCUCUUGACUUUUAUCGGUUAUGUUGUUUUUCAAUGUUUCAUAGCCUGCUGUGUUCUAAGGCUCUUCGAUAAUUGUUCAGGUUUCGCAAAUUCGCGUGAAGAAAGGCAUGACAAAAGUCUCCUACACUGUGGUUUGAUUUUGGUCCUAAUUAGAACUCUUAAUGUUGGUAUCGAAUGUAUGGCGGCUUGGUUUUAGGAACAGACAUCAAAAUGAUAUGGAGCCUAUAGUAAGGUAUGCCCCAUCUUACCGGACAUUGGUCCCUUGGUGGGCGUUUUCUGAAUUUGGACUUCGGUAACUUCGUGUGUAAGUAAUAGUUCGACGUUUGCUUAGCAUAUGGAAGUUCCUAUUGUUACA